ACAUCCUCCUUUGUCCUGGGUCUGGCAGACACGCAGUGUCCCACAGGCAUGAGAGGCCAGCCAACCCCACAGUGAAAACAGGAAAGGGCCUGGCCCUCCACGGGGUACAGGAGUCCCUGGGUUACAGAGCAAGAGCGCUGGUCACCCACAAGCCCUCACUGCACACCAGCGAGGUGUGGUUGACAGGCUGCUUCCAAGCAAAGCUUCCUGCUGCACAGUGAAAAUCAAAUGCCAUUUUAUUGGCGGCUCCUAUUUCCAGGCUUUAGCAGUUCCCUCCCUCACUUGGCCAGGCUUCCUGAUCUUCAGAUAGAGCGGUCUUGCACCAUGAGUCAGGGCCCAAGUCCACAUGCACCCCGACACCCUGGAUCCCCACAGACCCAGGGCAUGGUUCCAGCCUCUGUGCACGCCAGUGCAGCUCACUGAGUCACUGCCCAGCCCAGCCGCUGACGAGUCCUAUGACACAGCAUGGGCUGCUUCUUCAGGGCACCAUGAUGCGUAGAAAAAGCAUCGAGCAAGGGUUCUGAAGGAGAGCAGAAAUGACUGCGUUUCUGGGGGUGGGAGGAGGCUCACACAGAGCUCGGCACAUGGCUUUGCUCAGGCAGCCAGGGCGCAGUGGGUCUGCGCUCCAGGCCGGGGCUGCCCCUGCCGAGCUGCUGCUGGGCCAUCCGCAGUCCAUCCUGCACACUGAAGCAGACAGUGUGGACAGAGCCAAUGCCAUGCCCUCCCCACGGACGCUGAGGACACACCUGUCCACAGCACUGCUGCCGCCUUCUUUCUGGGAAAAGCGCUGCAAGUUCCUUUAUGUAGCUCGGAAUGCCAAGGACUGCAUGGUUUCCUACUACCAUUUCCAAAGGAUGAACAAAACACUCCCUGACCCCGGCACCUGGGAAGAAUACUUUGAAAGCUUCGUCAAUGGGAAAGUGGCCUGGGGCUCCUGGUUUGACCAUGUGAAAGGAUGGUGGAACACGAGGGACAGACACCAGGUGCUCUUCCUCUUCUACGAGGACAUAAAGAGGGACCCAAAGCAGGAAAUUCGGAAAGUGAUGCAGUUCAUGGGAAAGAGCUUGGGAGAAGCAGUGCUGGACAAAAUUGUCCGGGAGACAUCCUUCGAGAAAAUGAAAGCGAAUCCCAUGAUAAAUCGCUCCACGGUUUCCAAAUCUAUCAUGGACCAAUCCAUUUCCACCUUCAUGAGAAAAGGAACUGUGGGGGACUGGAAAAACCACUUCACGGUGGCCCAGAAUGAGAGGUUUGAGGACAUCUACAGGGAGAAGAUGGCAGGCUCCUCCAUCCACUUCUGCCUGGAGCUCUAAGCAGGCCACAAAGGAGCGCCUUGGCUGGAAACAGCUCUGAGAGUGUGUGGCACACGCAGGUGAGCCUGGUGCCAUGCCUCUGAGAUGGCAACUGGUGUGUCUCGGCUUCCUUCAGAAGGACCCUGUCAAAUGCUGGUUCCUCCGCCAUCCUUCCACAGUAAGAAACAAGACCACUUAAUAAACCCAGUCAAAUAUA